GCCGUGUACCAUGGUCUGUGCGAUCCUCUGCCUCGCCAGUGCGCACGCCUCGGUGCUCUCCGCACCAGCCGAGCCGCCUCUCACCCCCGAGAACAUCAAUCCGCGGCUGGUCGCAGCGGAGUACGCCGUGCGGGGCAGGCUGCUCGACCGGGCCAAAGAGCUCGAGUCGGUGGGGAGGCGGACGGUCAAGUGCAACAUCGGGAAUCCGCAGGCGCUGGGCCAGAGGCCGCUCUCGUGGGUGAGACAGGUCCUCUCCCUCGUUCUCAACGCCGACCUACUCGAGGCGGCCGAGGCGGCGGCAUGCGGCAGCAGUGACGGCGAGGCGCUGCGGGCGCUCUUCCCGCCAGACGCGGUGGCGCGGGCGAGGGUGUACGUGGACGCCAUCUCGUCGGCGGGCGCGUACUCCGACUCGCAGGGCGUGCUAUGCGUGCGCGAGGAGGUUGCGCACUUCCUCCGCGAGCGGGACGGCUGCGGCUCCGAGGCGCGCGACGUCUUCCUCACGGAUGGCGCGUCGGCGGGCGUGCGCGCGCUGCUUCAGGCGCUACUCGGCCAGCCGGGUGUCGACGCGAUCCUGGCGCCCUCUCCCGUCUACCCUCUCUACUCUGCCCUCUCGACGCUGCUCGACGGCGGCGCCGCGCUCUACCCGCUCACCGAAGACGCCGCCGGCACGUGGGGCAUCAGAGUGUCCAACCUCGAGGCAUCGCUGCAGCUCGCGCGCGCGAGGGGGUCGAACGUGCGCGCGCUCGUCGUGAUCAACCCCGGCAACCCGACUGGCCAGUGCAUGAGCGCGGAGGAGGUUGCAGCCGUGCUCGAGUUUGCGGCGCGGGAAGGGCUCGUUCUGCUCGCAGACGAGGUCUACCAGGCGAAUGUCUACAACGGCGGACCCGCGCGCACCGGCAAGCGGCGGAACGACUUCCACUCCUUCCGGCGCGCGCUCGCGCUGCUGCGGCAGACGAAGCCGCAGCUGGCUGCGAGAGCGCAGCUCGUCUCGAUGCACUCCACCUCGAAGGGCUUCUAUGGCGAGUGCGGGCUGCGCGGCGGCUUCUUCGCCCUCGAUGGCAACUGGGACGACGGCGUGCGGUCGCAGCUCGUCAAGCUCGCCUCCAUCUGCCUCUGCUCGAACGUCGUCGGCCAGCUGGCCAUGGGUUUGGUCGUCUCGCCGCCCCGGCCCGGCAUGCCCUCCCACGACACGUUCGCCGCAGAGAGAGGCGCCAUCCUCGAGUCGCUCCGCGCACGCGCAGACACGCUCGCCGCCGCGCUUGACGCGCUGCCCGGCGUCACUUGCGCGCCUGCUGAGGGCGCGCUCUACCUCUUCCCUCGCAUCGCCCUCCCGCCGGCGGCGGUCGCCGCGGCGCGCGAGGCGGGCGUCGCGCCGGACGAGCUCUACGCGAUGCGGCUGCUCGACGCGACGGGUCUGGUGGUGGUGCCUGGGUCGGGCUUCGGCCAGCCCGACCCCGAGGCGUACCACGUGCGCACCACCUUCCUCCCUCCCGCCGACCAGCUCGAGCAGGUCACCUCCGCCAUCGCCGCCUUCCACCGCUCUUUUGUCGACGAGUUCGCCACGCCCGCCGCCGCCGCCGCAACCGCGUGAGGCGCGGGCCGAUAGAGCACCGGCCGCUUGCUGGCACCGGCCGCGAUUUGCGCGCCGCGGCCGAGACCCUCCGUCCCUCCCUCAGCGGUGCGCCGAGCGCCCGGGUGGAAGAACUCCGUCUCCGUGCUAGGUGCACGUGCUCGUGUUGGGUGUGUGCGAUGUGCGUGUGGGGUGCUGGGGAGUUGAUCAUACAGACGGACGGGCGUAAGCGUUGU